UCCUCCCGAAAAGGCAGACAAGGCUUCCAAGUCCUAAAUUGCAUUUUGUCUAACUCCUCCCCUGUUCUGGCUGCUUGCUCAUGCAACCACCCACGGAUCCGAAACAAAAAUGUGUGAAGCGAGGCAGGGAGUGCUCUUGGCAGCGCGGAUUCCAUCUCCUCUCUGGGUGCCCGUCGUGCCCUGACGCUGUCUCGCUCCUGGACACAGCGGAGCUUUGGCUAGCCAGAAACACACCAGCGUUUCUCUCCGUUCCUUCUCAUCGCCCUGUGCUCCCAGGAGAAGCAGCAGCAGGGAGAGGUCGGUGGAUGAGCGCGCCUUUGUGGCAGCGCUGGCCGGGCGGGCUGGCGGAGGCGGCGUUGCUGGCAGGCCGUGCCCCUUGGCGGCGGCGGGAUCCGCGCCCUGCCUGCGGAAUCGGGGAGCGGGGACGGGCCGAGCGCUCCGAGAGCUCCAUUGAUGCCCGCAGGGAGUUUCAGAGCGCUGCUCAAACAGCUUCUGGUGUCUUCUGCACAAUGCAAAGAGGGUCUAGGAUGAGGAGUCCUUGUUAAUCAAAGCCCAGAAGCUUUUGCUUCCUCACUGGGAGAGCCUGUAUGAAGACCUGUGUGGAUGAUGUUGUAAGAAACAGAAGGUGCAUGCAGCACAGAUGUCAGUCUUCUUCAAGGAGUAACUUCUUCAACCCCAAGUGAUACCAGCUCCUGCUAGUACCAUGGGGCUAGAGGGUGUUUUUUUAGGCACUGGACAGAUCCACAUAAUCCUGUGGGGAAGUUUGGCAGCCAUGACAACACUCUUGUUCCUCACCUUCCUCAUCUUCCUCUGCUCCAGCUGCAAUGGGGAAAAGAAGGCCAAAAGUCAGAAUGGAGAUCAUGAAAAUCUGAUGAAUGUGCCUUCCGAGAAGGAGGUUUUCAGCCAUUCCAUCACGAGCUCGGUCACGGAGCCUCCCCCAAACAGUGAACAGAAUGGAGCCCUCAGCAACGGUGAUGUUCUUUCUGAGGACAGUACAGCUGCCUGUAUCCAGCCUUACGAAGAAGUACAGACAUCUGAUCUACUAGAUCAACAGGAUAGUCUUGGAAAGUCUAUAAAGUGUCACCAGAGCCGGGAACUACCCAGUAUUCCCCCUAACAACCCCAUGGAAACUAUAAUCUCAUCUAGAAAUGCAGAAAAUGAUCAAGGUCUUGGAAUGGAAGGGCCUUAUGAAGUCUUGAAAGACAGUUCCUCUCAGGAGAACAUAGUUGAAGACUGCUUGUAUGAAACUGUGAAGGAAAUUAAAGAUGUUGGAGCAGUAGCCAGCAUGGAAGGGAACUCUAACAGCAAAUCAAAGACUUCACUGACAGUUUCUGAAGGUCAGAAUCAGAUUCCUGAGUGCAGAAUUGAGUCAGCAGAAUAUGCAUCUGUUGACCGAAAUAAGAAGAGUCGCCAAAGUGCAAAUUCAGAAAGUCCUCUUGACAACAUACCAGAUGUGGAGGAUGAACUUCCCCCUCCAGUACCCAUGAAACUUCUUGAUGAAAAUGAAAAUGUGCAAGAAAAAGAAGUGGAAGAAGAAGUGACAGAAGGAGCGAGUAAACCAGAAAAGAGGCUUAGUUCAGUGUCUUACAAGUCUCGAGAGGAAGAUCCAUCUCUUACAGAAGAUGAGAUCUCAGCCAUGUACUCAUCGGUGAGUAAGCCGGGACAGGCCAUCAAGGCACUGGAUUCUCCUUACACCUGCAUUCAAGAAAUUGUAUCUCAGAGGUCCCCGUCUGUUUGCAGUGGCCUCUAUGCAAGUGUGAAGGACUUUGAAAACACCCUAAAUUCCACCUCAGUGCCUCAGUCAGCAGACAGACCAAACGGGGAGCUGGAGCCGGACUAUGAAGCCAUCCAGGCAGUGAGCCAAGAGGAAGAGAGGACCUUGUCGGUGCCUACCACAAACCACACUGCUCUUUCAGGAGAGAACGACUACGAGAGCAUAGGGGACUUGCAGCACCACAGGGAAUUCACCAGGCUUUAACUACUCCAGCAGCAGAUUUCCCCACUGUUAUUUUCAAAGGACAAGUGAAACGUGGAGAGGGAAGUGCUUUUCCUAUGGAACACAAGUUGUGAAGCAGCAAUGUACAUUUCAGCUGGGGUGUGAUACCUGCUGGUUUUUCUGGGUGGUGGAUCAAGGCUCAUGGGAAAGGGUACGUCAGAUCAGAAAGAUGACCAGGAAAAUGUAAAGGUUUCUUUAUUGUUAUUAGCUCCAAGGCAAACGUAAUUUGGGAAGGAGUGCCAUGCUUGUCGUCCUGACAGGAUUACGUACCAAAAAGACUACCUUUACACAAAACUAGCUUCUCAUUUUAAGAGAUUAUUUUAUGUAAUUUUCUUCAAAGUGUUUUUCAAGCAUAAUUUUUCAUUCAAGUUUUGGCAUCUGCAAUGUUGAGCAAACCACAGAUAAUUGUACCUCAACUCAGACUUACUCUGCGGGGCUGGGGAAGAUGCACUCACUUCUGUGUCUUUUGGGGAGCUCUGUCCACCUUCCCUGCAACUAAAGUGCAAACAACAGUAGUUCACAAGGGACUGACUCCAAAUGUACUUGAAUUAACUCUGCUGGCUUUUUCUUUUCUUUUUUUUUUAAUGUCAAGGGCUGUAGAAUAUGACUUGCAGUAUUUGAGAUGUGUACUGGUAUUUGUAGGGGUUUUGUUUGAUUAUUUGUGAAAUAUCCCUUUGAAAUGGCAAUGGUCACUCUUAGUAUUCUUGCACUGUUUCCCUCAAAUAGACAUAAACACCUGCACAUACACAUCCCAGACCAUUGUCAUGUUGCAAAACUUGUGCAAUUGAAUGCACUGGCAUAAUGUAUAAUCUGACCUUAGUAGUAUUGAGUAAUAUUUUUUUUGCAGAAUUUUGCCCUUUUAAAAGACUUAACUAUUUUAAUGUUUGUCUAGUUUCUUAUAUAGGAAAAAGUAUGUACUGUGUUAAGUGGGUAAUACUUUUUUUUUUUUAACAACAUAUUUUUCAUCUUCAAAGUUUUUGUAGAUUGACUUACUGGGGUUUGUAACAGGAGGAAUCCCAUUCUUUAUUUGGGCUGGGUUUUGGUUUUUUUAUUUUUUUCCUAUUUCAAAAGUAGAUAAAUGAAAAUUAUCUACUGGGGUUGUUUUGUUGACUUUUUCUGUCUCCUUGAGCAGGGAAAUGGAAUAUGCCUUGCUGUUUUUAAGCUAAAAUAAUGGAGUCUAUGUAAAAGAACACUGCCACAGGGCAAAAAAGAGGCAAAAGAGACAGUGAGAUUUAGUCAGGCAUAGCCACUAGUCCUCCUUGUUCUUCUGCUAAAAGGAGCAGGAGGGCAAUCAAGACCUACUAGGGCCUCUGACAAACAGUUUGAAAGCCACUGGCUUUUCAAAAAUGCUGAGUUAUUCUGUUACUGUGAAAAACAAGGUACAGUGCUCGGAUGAAAUAAGCAGGUACUGGAUUGCUACCUUUUUUCUUCAAGAAUAAUACAAUAAAUAGUACAAUGGUACAAGAAUAGUCCAACAGUAAAGAACAAGCAUUGUGUGACAUGCAUGUGCACAUAUCCCCAUGUAUAUAAGCAUACACUUGUAAUUUGGACACAAGUAUAAGUUGUAGUCCAAGCUUGGCAACAUUCACGUACGUACUAUCUGGCAUGUGCUUGAAGAGCAGUUUAUUUUUAAUUCAAAAUAAACAGUACAUGAACUGAGGUUGGCUUAUUCUGUAGUAAACAAAACAGGUUUAAUUUCAGCUCAGUUGGUACUGGGUUUUGAAGGUUGAGCCCUUCUCGGAUGCUUGGUCAGUUCUCAACAUGACUUGGUACUAUAAAGAGCAAACAUAGAUCUGGUUACACACAUUUAUUAGAAAUAGCUUCAUAACUGAGAGAAGUGUGCUGAUUUACAGGCUUUGCCUGCAAGUAGUACAGCUCUGAGGAGCAGUGCAGUUGUGCAGUCAACCUCUGCCCACAGGGUGGUUCAAACUUCGUGGAUCCUGACCUUGUGCAGCAGUGCAGCACACUCAAUCUAUGACUCUCUUCCCUGGAGGAGAAGCAGUUCAGACCACUCUACAUCCAUCCUGUUCUUGACCAUGCUGCCAUGUUUUGACAGCUGCAGCAAACCCUUUGCUUCCACUACAGUGCUUUUCUAGGAUGACUGUGGUUCUACUUUCUGGAGUUUUUCCUUUUAUAAAAGUUUUUGUUUCUGUUUCCUUGAAUGUGAAUUCACCUUUGAAUGUUCUCUCCUCCUACUUCACACUGUUUAAGGCCAAAGAUAAGAUGCACCAUGUUUCAGAAGACUUGUUGUGCUAAGUCUGGAGAACCUCUUCUGUCUUCAACUAUGUGUUUGCUGUCUGUUCCUUGCUCAGGGGUACCAGUUUAUAUAUGUAGUCCUCAGUCUGACUCUUGCAGCUUAGUGGCAGGCAUACCUCAACUCCUGAAAUUCCCAAAUACAUCUCAAGAUGUAGUUAUCCCUUUACAUGGAUGACUGCUUUUGGAGAAUCAGUAGGAACAUGGGGUUUGUCAGGUUCACUAGAUUCAAUUUCAAGACCAAUUCAAAGAUAUCUUGAGACAAUGUCAGUUGAAAGCAAAGAAUAGCACAGAAUUCUUGAUUGUAAAUUUUAAGGUGCAAAAGAAGAAAACCAAACAUCACUCUAGAAAUACCCCCAUUGAGACCAGCAGGUCAGAGGAUGGUGGAGAAUUGUCCAGUCAUUCUGUUUUUCAUAGCCAGAUCAGAAAUGUUGCUUUGUAGGAAGGGACACAAGUCUUUCUGUCCUUUCUUUCACCUGUCUGACAACUGCUCCUGAAACCCCCUAGACUUCCCUUUUACACAGUGAAAGAAAAAUUGUCCUCCCCCUCUCUUCUUUCUUUCGUUUCUGUUUUUAACCCAUCUCAUACAGCCUUGCACUGGGAGCUGGUGCCAUGUCUGCAGUGCUGCAGUGGCACAUUCCUUCCUCUUUAACUUACUUUCAGGCUGGUCACAACCUUUUAAUGGUUCAUCAGACCUCAGUCUCAUGGAGAAGCUAUUCACAUUUUGAAUUGCUGCUUUCAGGACGUGUACCUGCCCUCAGUCUUGAGACCCACACACACUGGACUUAAAAGCUGCAAAAAAUAAUUACCCUCCUGAACAAGGAUGUGUGGGGGAGUCCAUAACUCCCCUGCAUAAUCUCCAUUAUGUAGUUUAAUGCUAAAUGAAAAUGUUUUAGAAUUCAGUCCAAGGUUGGCAAGUGAGUUUUUACAUUUCUUGACAAAGAAUCAAGGUGCUGGUUUAGUUCCCUCUUUCCAUAUGUAAUACCUGUUCCUUUAUGGCUGUUGUCAAUGCUUCCUUUUCAUUAAUAUAUUUGAUAGAAAGAUUUUUCCAGCAGUAAUCCCCAAAGAGAUUAAUCUGUCAAGAAAAGGGAGUCUCUUCUACUUGUCUCUUUACUGCUGUUUUUAACUCUUUCACCAUAUCCCUAAAUAAAAUGUCAGCAUCCAAAAUGAAGUAUUUGUUAUCUUGUGAUAUUUUCUGGGGAAACUUCACAGUCUAUUUCUUUGCCUCCUUUUUUUAGCACAACUGUACAAUAAAAUCUCUCAUCAAAUUGCCACGGUAAGGCCAACCGUGCAGUAAUAUGUGUAUAACUGCAGUAGUGAAAAGAUCUUUUUGAUUUCCCUCUGGGAACUGGCAGAAAACAGGAAAUGCAGUUCAGACAACUUUUCCAUGAAUCUGUGUCUCCUAUGAGAGUUGUUCUUACCAUGUACCUGAACCAGUGCUAAUCCAAUAUGUAAACCAGUCAUCCAGUUCAUGAGUGUAGAAUAACUUUCUCAGUCAGAGAGAGAAAUAAAUUCUUUGCAGAUACCUGUAGCAUGGGCAUGUAUCUAAUUAUCAGAUCAGUUAUAGUGCCUUUUCUACAAAGUAGCUAGUACUUCCAUACUCUUUUCCACACUGUAUGUGGUUUAACUCAGAAGUACACAGGGACAAACCCAACAUUUACUUGUCCCAACUUGGAAACAUCUUUAUAGAGACACAUUUAGUGUACUGGACCUCAGUCAGCCCUACCUACAAUAGCAAUAGUCACAAACAUCCACUAAAAAGCCCAGUAAUGUAGCUAUGAUGACUAAGCUUUGCAAUAAGAAUUAUCAGUCUUCUUUUGAAGAACCUAGGUUUUACAAUAGUGAGCAUUCAGGGAGGUGGUGUUCAUGUCAGCUGUGAACAAUUUGUUGCUUCAGUCUUUCUAUUAAUAUAAAUUCCAGGCUUGCUUACAUGUAGCAGGAUCCAUGGAGUGACAGAUGAGUAGGCGUGGGGAUUCAUAUUCAUGAGUAACCCAGAAUUGGGUCAUCCCCAUAAUUUCAACUGGCUGAUGACCAGCUGCCUUGUUCUCUAAGCCCUCAUCUAUCUACCGUGCCUUCAAGGAAUCCAUCCUGCAGGGCUGCAUGCUUCCCCAUGGCUCCCUGAGCAGCUCCUGUCCGCUGUUUUGAACACAAUUCCGUGUAUGCGGUGCUCUCAGUUCAACCUUUCAAUGGUGCUUUCACAAGAUGCUGGAUAAAUGGUUUGCAUGUGUAAGUCUGUGACACAGAGUGCUCUCUCUGGUACUGUCUGCUUUCCAGAACUGCAUGUUAACUGUGCUACUCUUGACUACAAAAGGUGACAGUGCUGCCCUGUCUCUCGCUCAUCUCACUCAGCCAGGGUGGAGUCACCCCAUGUGACAGCCCUGCCUAGGCUGGGACACAGGUGUUUAAAAGCAGCCAUUCAAGGCCAAGUGACUUGGCUUGGAAGCAGCUAGAGACAGAACUCUCAUCCGUGCACUGUGGGGCUGCAAACAUCGCAGCCCAGCUCAAGGACUUUUUUUUUCUGUCUCCUAUUGUGCAUAUACAUUUGUUUGCCACAUGACUGUAAGAAAUCUGUUUCUGUAUCAAACAUUUUAAUUUGAACCACACUCCAAUGAGGGGCUCUUGCUCUUGGGCAAAUAACCAGUUAUUCCAGAUGAGUUUUAUUUUUUGAGGUUGAAGUAUGCCUGAAUAAGGCUUUUACAUGCCUCACAAGUAAUUUGGUGUGGCAGUCUGCUGCAAAACAGAAGAAUGCAGAAAGAUGCUUAGCCUGACAGGUGCUCCUUUGGUGGUGUGCUGAAGACUUUCAAGGACAGGUCUCUUCCUGGGAGCAGGGAACAUAAUUACUGUUAAUACAAUUUCAUAUCCUGGUGCUGAAGUUGAUUUGUAGCAUCUCUUUGGGAAGGUGGUGGCUGAAGUCAUUGCCAGAGCAAAGUGCCUAAAAAUAUGGAUGUUUCUGUAAAGGUAAAGAUGCUCACUGUUUUUGCACAGCCACUAGAUUACUGUAUGUGGUGCUCUCUUGCCAUACACAUUCCUAAAUAUUGGCUGGCUUUCAUUUGUGGUGUUUAUUGUUAUAAUAGCACAGUCUGAUAAGGGUUUUGUCUCUGCAAAUUCAUUGGCUAAUUUUAACUAGCAUGUGUUUGUACAGAAAAUACAAUUAUUUUUUUUUUCAUUUAGAAAGCAGGUAUGUCAUUUCCUAUACUUUAUGAUAAUGCAACAAUUGGCUCAGAUUAUUUAUAAGGUAUGUAAGUAACUUCAGAAUGCUUCAUUUGGGAUUUCAGAACGCCUCCUGUUCACUACAAAACAAUAUAACCUUUUAAUCUUGCUAUAUUGAGUAGGGGGCUGAAAUACUACAAAUCCUUUUACUAUAAAAAAAAAAGGAGACAAUUCUGAUUUCAAUUCCUAAUAUCUAAAAAUAGAACAAUUUUAACUCAUAUUUUAACUUUCAGCAUAGGUGGGAUUUGGACUACCCUCUUAUUUAUGGAACUGCUCUUCCCCACUAUGUUCACCUGUCACCACCUGAGAAUCUCUUUUGUCCUUAGUGAAAUAUGACAGUUGUACAGAGGGCACAGAAACUGCACGACAUUAACACUCCUGAACGGGACCUUUUCAAUGUGCCUGUGAGACUCAGAAGCCUGGACUUCAGUCUGAUGUUUUGAGGUACUCACAUCCCAUCUGGAGGACAUCUGUGGGGGUCUUCACUUUCUUUCCAGGCAAGAAAUUCUGUAGCUUGCAAGCACUCACAUGACAGUUAAAGACACACGUAAGAUGUGAAGUGUCACAAUGUUUAAAUGCAUUAAAGAGACAUCUAAGAGCACAAGAACCUGCUUUCUCACAUGUCUGAGGAUACUGGAAUUUGCUCUUUGUAUCUGAGACUGAGAAAGGUCACAUAACCAGUCUCCUCAGAACAUCCUACCGGCAGACAGCUCUUUGAAAUGAGCCACUGUGGUGGCUCCUGAGUUUCUGCAUGUACCAACUUCAUGAUUUCUAGCAGCGCUCAUCUCAUCUCAUCUCAUCUCAUCUCAUCUCAUCUCAUCUCAUCUCAUCUCAUCUCAUCUCAUCUCAUCGUCUCAUCGUCUCAUCUCAUCAUCCCAUCUCACCUCAUCUCUGUGGCAAUGACUAUUUAGGAAUGGCCCUUUGCUUCACAGUCCCAACCCCUUUAACUUAAGAAAGGGGAUGUGAGCUGCUUCUCCUCAGUCUGACCAGUCUUUCUAGAUGAAAGUGUGAUGAGAGCCCACAUUCAGAACCACAAAAGAGCAUUCACUGUCAGGUACAGCCCACAGCAGCAGCUAGGAAGAAAAGUAAAGUAACAAUAGCUAAGUUUCAUUUGCACUUCCCCGGUCCCACAGACAACCUGUUUUGAAAAGAUUUUUAAGGUAGAAAAGGUUAAAGGGAGGGGGUGCUGAGUCUCACAAAAGAUGGAUAACUUUGUUUAUUCUUCUCAGUAUUCCCUAUACAAAGAGAGGCAAGAUCAAGCCAUGACCACCCGACCAUGAUGCAGCUGGAUUAUCUUUUACCAAGCCUCCAUAUCAACAGAAUGGAAAUUAAUAAAUUCUAAAUACAUGUUUUUGUUCUGUUAGAGACCCAACAUGGACAAAUGUAAAUGCACUAAAAUAAGCACCAUGUGUAGAUCUGGACUUGCAUGAUAUGGGGAUUUUAGCAAGAAAUAAAACCAAAACCCAUACUAAUAAAAAACCCAACCCUAACUGGAUUACUUUAUUUAAAUAGAAUUCUUUGCAUGAGCCAAGGCUGCAGGAUUGGGCCCUAAGAGUUCAGAAGUUUGGUUUAGUGAUACGUACUUUCGUUUGUAUUUUCAGUGAAAUGUAUUUUCUUUUUUUUAUAUUAGUGAUAUGACUUCCAUAAAAACAACAAAAAAUAGUCAGUUAUAGGUAUAAUUAUGUCUAAUAGCUAAUUAUUAAAAUCGUGUCUCAGUAAGAGUCACUUAAAAUUGGGUGCUAUAUGAGCUUCACUAUAAAAUUGCUUUAUAUAUGGAACACUGCAUACUAAGAACAUAGUGCAUAAGAAUAUGUAAAUACAGACAUUGUUUAUUUUAUCCAUUGUUUUAUAAUGGAAAAAAUACGUGUUGCUGGAAUAUCUCCCAGCAAAGUUCUCUUACACAGUGUUCUAGCAACAAAAAGUGUUUUCUGGACAACUAUUUACGUCUCUGAUCACUGACACAGAACUGCAAAACAUCCUCAAAACAGUAUGAGCUUGUGCAAAGACAAGCUUAGGACUGUCCUGGCUAUCUUAAAGUGGAUAUAGUGGAAUAUCCUGUGAAGUUCAGCUCUGUGGGCAGUGGGAACAGCUCAGUGAUUCAAUGACUCUGCCACAUACACAAUGCAUGGAGUCAAUGCAUGCAGACUUCUGAGAUGGCAAUAGCUAAGGCUUGUUUGCUACAUGAAGAGUUAUUUGGCUUGCUACCUGUUUGAAAUCAAAUGCUUUAAUCAACAUCACUGCAAACACUGGAAUACUGUAGUUUUGCAGAAUGUAUGUUCUAUAAAUUGUAGUUUAACUGUAAUUGCAGGGCUUAUCCUACUGUUAGAGCAGUUCACAUCCAACACUAAAUUGCAUUUUGUAAAUUAACAAAUGCCAUUGAAUUCCUCUCAAUAUUUUGUAAUAGUAUACACAAGUUUAUGUCAUUUAGUCAUACCUUUGUUCCAAGAAUUCUCAUCAGACAUUUCUAUAGCCAAUUCAGCUGAAAGCACAGUAGGCAAUUAUGGUUAUUUACUGUAAAUGUAGAAAGUUUUAUGUAAAUAUUUCUGGGGGAAAAAUGCUACAUGAACAUAUGAAGCAGUUAUCUAAAAGUAAGAACAUAGGUGAAUAAUAAAAAAUACAGGUUUUAUUUAUGUACAGUAGCAUCCUAAUAGUUACUUGUUUAUAUGCAGAAAAAAAAAAUCAUAUGAUUCUGUACUGUAUUCUCUGAAAGCAUUUAAAAGAGGCUCUGCCAUUUUCUCUGGUUAUUAUAUUUGCAAAUAACUCAAAUUCAUUGGAAAUCCAUGUAAAUUAUGUCAAAUGGGAAACAUGUUACAUUGCAAUGAAAUUAAUUUAAUUCAAAAAUCCUGGCAAAAUUCAUUGGAUUAAAAUCUAUAUAUAAAUUCAAUAGACAGACAGAAUAAACCACAAUAAAUAAG